CUCUCUCAUCAUUCUGAAUCUGUACCCGCCCCUGGUGUGAAUCUGUCUGCUACCCUUUAGCUGGUCAGCUGCUGCUUUCCUUGUCGUGUUAUGCCUAUAUUGAGAGAAGGGGAUUCUGUAAUGACAGAAGAGUUGGAAGAACAGCCUCAGAGUUGGUUAACUGGCUGGAUACCCUCUUGGUGCCCAACUUCCAUGUCUAAACUAAAAUCUAUUGAAUCAAGGAUCCUUCAAUGCAUCCAGAACAAAUUUUUUUCUCGUUAUGUUUCUCUUCCUGACCAAAACAAGAUAUGGACUUUGACAGUGAACCCUGAAAUUCGAAACAAGACCCCAUUAGUUAUGGUGCAUGGAUUUGGAGGAGGAGUAGGCCUCUGGAUACAAAACCUAGAUUGCUUGAGUUCCAGCCGUACACUUCAUGCCUUUGACUUACUAGGGUUUGGUCGUAGCUCCCGUCCAACCUUUCCUGGUGAUCCUGAAGGAGCAGAGGAGCAGUUUGUAUCAUCCAUUGAACAAUGGAGAGAGGAGAUGGGCAUCAGCAACAUGAUUUUGCUGGGACACAGUUUGGGAGGCUUUCUAGCUGCAUCAUAUACCAUCAAAUUUCCACAAAGAGUAAAACAUCUAAUUUUGGUUGACCCUUGGGGGUUUCCAGUUCUUCCAACGGAUCCUAGUGAAGUGCGUUCCCCACCAACCUGGGUGAAGGCAUUGGCUGCAGUGCUUAGUCGAUCAAAUCCAUUAGCAGUUGUAAGAGCGGCAGGACCAUGGGGUCCCAGCCUUGUGCAGAGAUUUCGACCAGACCUGAAGAGAAAAUUUGAGGAGUUCUUCAGUGAUGAUACAAUCCUGGAAUACAUCUACCACUGCAAUGCUCAGACGCCCAGUGGAGAGACAGCCUUUAAAACGAUGAUGCAAAGGUUUGGCUGGGCUAAAAGGCCAAUGUUGUCCCGUAUCCAGCUGAUACCAAAAGAUCUCCCUAUCACUUUUAUUUAUGGAGCAGAGACCUGGAUUGACAGCAGUUCUGGGGAGAAGGCUAAAGAGGAGAGACCCAACUCCUAUGUCCAAACACUGGCAGUUAAAGGAGCGUCUCAUCAUGUCUAUGCUGAUCAGCCAAGCAUUUUUAAUGAAAUGGUGGAAGAGAUCUGUGAUGCUGUGGAUUGAGAAACCGUUCAAAAAUGAUAUAGGAGUACCGGGGGAUCUUUUUGGUGCUUAAGAAUAGCAAGUUCCAAAAUUUAAAACUCAAGAUCUGCUAUUGCCAAAAAAGAACUAAGCGGCUGAAGCCUUUGAUUAUUCUUCAGCCAAACUGGGGUAUCUUAGACAAUAACUGCACACAUUGGUUACUUUUAAGAACCAAGGUUGAAAUGUGUAGUGUGGAUAUGAUUGGGAUCAAGUAUCCUCCAGAUGAUGAAAUACUUCAUUUAGAUUGCUCUAAAGGGAAGUAAAGACGACCCAUUUAAUUUUCAUACAAGAAAUGUUAACGUUAUGUGGUGCUUUUUGUAUAUUUUGUAUCAAACUUAAAACUAAGCAAAACUUUAAUCUGUUUUGAUUGGUGGAUAAAUACUUUGAAAGUGUAUUCCCAAUAUUAAUAUUUGUGCUUAUUGUAAAUAAGCUGGCAGUGUACUGCUUUAAAACUCCUGAAUGUCUGAGAUAAAGUUACUCUGUACCCAUAAUAAAAGCACAAAGCUUGUCUGAACAUGCACCCUAGAAGAUUAUGGGACAUCACACCUGCUGCCAAAUGUCCAGGUUUGAGGCAAAUAUAUAAUGCGGUAGCAUUAACUGUCAGUUCUUUUGAAUGUUGCAAGAACUACCUCUGCUAAAACACAUGGUAUUUGCUUAUUCAUUAUUGAACUAAAAUCUGAGUUUGUGCCGUUUUUAUCUGAAUUUCUAUUUGAGACUCGAGUAUAAAUUUAUCAUUUUAUUGCCAACUUCAAAAAAGUGCAGCACGGAUGACUUACAUGGUGUCCACUAUCUUUGGGAUACUAUGUUUUUGUGGGGGUUUUUUUUAAACUUUUUUUUGGAAUGUUUUGAAAAACCACAAUAAGAGAAGUACUUAAUAUAAUCAAGAUCCUUUGUGAUUCUUGUUAAUAUGCAUUUCCUUGUGAGUAUACAUAGUAGUCACAAAUAAACAUUUACUACCAUAUGACAGGAAGAUGCACUUCAUAAUUAUUGUGCAAGUGUAAAAAGAAAAAAAUCUAUAUAUUAAAUUAUUUUUUUUUUCUAUUUUAUCUUAAGGAAAAUUAUAACGUGUUUUUUUUUUUUUUUUUUACCACCAACUAUCCUGUUUUACACUAACAAGCACUUCCUAUUUAGUAAAAACUGUUAAAAUAAAUUUUGAAACUAA